UAAGCCUCGCCCACCGUCUCACCUAGCAUUAUUCCGACGUGUCCGUCACCAGCAACGGCUCUGACAGCUCUACUACGGCGGGUGCUGGCCGGUGUCACAAUUUCGAGACAUUCCAAUCCGGGACAGUCAUCAUUCGUGACCUCUCAAGUGCGGUGCUUGUGAUGUGCAGUUUCGAGCACGUGGUCGUGUGAUCCGGCUAGAAGGACCAAAAGGCAUAGACGCGUCGAACGCGUCCCUAACACCUUAGCCACGGCGUCUCCAUCGGCAAUGACACAACACAGUGACGCUUCUAGUGAUCGAUCAGAGGUAUCGGUGACACCGCCGCCGCCGGUAUCGAAAAUGUUAGAAUUCGCCAGUCACCAGAACCUGAGCUUCCUCAACUUGGAGCAUCGCAACAUGCUCGCCGCCCCCUUGGCCGCCCUGCACUCGAUGACGGAGAUGAAGACGCAUCAGCAGCACCUGUCUCCUGACCAUUUGCACCAUCGUCAAGAUAAGAACGAUACGGAUGUCAUGCUGGAGCGUACAAAUUUACACGUAGAACGCUCCGGCUUGGCCUCCCGCAGCCCGCUCGGCGGCAAUAGUAAUAGUUCGCAGGGGGCAAAUCCUCACGGCAUUGACCACAUCCUGUCGAGACCGACCCAGGUCACGGCAGGUCCGCUACAUUUUCCCCACAGCCUCGGCUUCUCCCAAAAUUCUCUAGGGAUGGCCUCCAACAGCCAGGCGGCCACCAACGCCGCCGGCCUGAGAGGCUUCAACAUUGCCGCGGCCGCAUUCUUCCACCACCAUGCGGCCAAUUCCGUCAACAAGCCGCCGGUCGAACUGUCGCGAAGUACCAGCGGCCUGUACUGGCCAGGCUUCCAAGGACUGGUCGCCAACCCCAUCGCCUGGAGGGACCGCCUCAGCAGCAUGAAUCACAGUAAUAUGGGUGGACUGAGUGACAAAGACGCAAAAAAGAAACACACACGUCCUACAUUUUCGGGACAGCAGAUUUUUGCGUUAGAGAAGACCUUCGAACAAACCAAAUACCUUGCAGGGCCAGAAAGGGCCAAAUUAGCGUAUGCCUUAGGAAUGACAGAGAGCCAAGUGAAGGUGUGGUUCCAGAAUAGGCGCACAAAAUGGAGGAAAAAACACGCGGCUGAAAUGGCGACCGCAAAGCGGAAGCAAGAGGUCCUAGACAACCAGACAGAUGAAAAUAGCGACGUUAUCUCCGACACCGAGGAGGAGAAUGGCAGCAAGAGGCAGAAUCUGCAAUGAAACGCCGAAUUUGUAAAUUACUUACGCCCGAGGACUUAAAUUGUAAAUAUAGUUUAUAGUGAUCCGUGUUCGUUCUUAUAUGACAAUGUGAUGCGUGAUAACGUGAGGACUAAAUGGACGCGCUUUGUAAAAAAUAUAUAUAAAUAUUAUCGAGAAUUAAUAUGUAUACUUAUAUUAUCGCUAUUUAAUAUAAUACUUAUGUUUUGAUAAAAUUGAAGGUGCGUAACCCGCUUAGUGAUAUACUUAUAAAAUAUUACCUACAUACAAAUCAAAUUUGUUCACGAAUUUUAUGUUUAUGUAAAGAACGAUCGAAUUUAAUUCUACGUACUUAUGGAGAUUGAUUUGUAAUUUUUAGUCCCUGAACUUCAAGUUCCAUGUAAGUAGUAUUAAAAAAAAAGAAAUUAACUAAUUAUUGGUAGAAACUUGAAUAAUUUCCACUCACUAAUACCAGUGUAUAUUAUAAGACUACCUACUUAGUUGAAUUCGUGUAAUUUUUCAUUUAUCAACGAACAACCCACUGUAGCUCACUAUUUGAUCAAUUCAUUGCUUGUUAUGCACUUUUAAUUAAAGUUGUUGAUAUUUUGUAUAAUCUAUUUCGACAUAUUUCUUAGGUAUCCAAAAUAUGAUCAACCUACCUACCCUCAAAGAUCUUGAUUUUUUCAUAUCACGAUUAUGUAGUAUAUUCGACAAUUAACUUAUUUAUGUACAAAUUACUUAUUUGGAGCGAAUAUGUAAAUUAUUGAAGUGAAAAUUGGAAGUGCCGAAAUUUUUGCAAUUCAGUAAUGUGAAGAAGUUGUGCAAUUUUCUCAUUAUUCGUAUAGCAUUUGGCAGCCUGUAUGUAAUAUAUUGAAUUGUAUUUGUAAAAUUAUAAUAAAA